CCAAUAUCAACCUGACCUUCUCCAUGACUACUCAACGGUUACAGAAAGAUCAACGUUCCGAGACAAAUCAGUGUCGACGAUAAGGUGAUACCUGGCUUCGACCAUCAAUGAAUCUCUUCUCUCACGAUGCCUGCUCCGGACGACAUUUACAGUCGUGAUGUCGAUUUUACCUCUUUGGCACUACAAUAUCCCGACUUUGCAAAAAAACUAAAGUUGAAUCGUCAACUGGACUUUUCGGACCCUGAAAGUGUUAGACAACUCACAAAGGCUCUUCUACAUCGCGACUUUGACCUCGUCAUCGAUUUGCCCGAAGACAGACUCUGUCCCCCUGUUCCGAACCGAUUCAACUACAUUCUUUUCAUCCAACGUCUGUUAGACACCACCGCCCCAAACUUUCAUCAAGGAUUCGACCCGGAUCGACAAGUCAUAGGACUUGACAUAGGCACAGGAUCAUCAGCGAUAUAUCCACUUUUGGCAUGUCGACAAAGGUCGAAAUGGUUGUUUUUGUGCACCGAGAUUGAUGACAAGAACCAGAAAUUUGCGCGGAAAAACAUUGCCGCAAACAAACUACAAUCUCGUAUCAGACAAAUCGAUACGGACAAGACCGGUCGAAAAUUGAUACCAACCGAUGAACUCGAAAGAUUUGAUCGUAUCGACAUUCUAAUGACCAACCCACCAUUUUAUGAGUCUGAAGGUUCGAUGGUGGAAUCUUCACGCUUGAAAUCUCGACCGGCGAAUUCGAGUUGUACGGGUAGUCCGGUGGAGAUGAUCACUCCAGGUGGUGAAGUCGCGUUUGUCACGAAAUUGAUCGACGAAUCUGGCGACCCCAAAAGCCGAUCACGUAUUCAAUGGUCGAGUGCCAUGUUGGGUAAAUUGUCAAGCGUCGGGAGUGUCGUCGACCACCUGCGUUCCAGAAGUUGUACCAAUCACGCAGUUGCGGAAUUCGUUCAGGGUCAGAAAACCAGGAGAUGGUGCGUGGCUUGGAGUUGGUCAGGUUUGAGACCUAGCAAUUCAGUCGCCAGAGGAGGUUUUGGGAGUGGUGGUGGUGUUGGUGGUGUGGAAAAAAAGUAUUUGCCUCCACCGACCGAAGUGCAAGUCGAUUUGCCCAGUCACGAUCCGGUCGACGUCGAGACCAGGAUCAACACCGAGAUUUCGAGACUGCGGCAAGAUGGAGGUGUCAUGUGGAAGUAUAACCCUGCGAGAAAGGUAGGAAUGUUGAUGAGUAAGGAAGGUGACGUUUGGAGUAGGAAAGCAAGACGGAAGAAAUUACACGACCGAAUGGACGAGAAUCAAGAUCAAGAGAUGAAAGAUGUAUGUACCACGACUCCGGCAGAUGGCGCCUCCGACGUCGAAGACGACUCGAAUGAUGAUGACGAAGACGAAGAUGAAACACCUGAACCGGCACUGGUUGUGAGGAUUUGUCUAUCUACCACAUCAUCGUCGUCGUCGUCACCUGAACAUCAUUCACCUACGAAGAAGAUUACAAGUACAAAUCUUCACAUCCGACACUUGCAAGGUUCUGAUUCAGUGUUGUUUGAGAGUUUCUGUGGUUGGGUAAAGAGGAAAGUACAGGCAUCCUGACUUGGGGAAGGGGUAUUAUGAAUGAUGGCGAGUCAGUCAAUCAAUCAGUACUUCGAGGACCAUUACGAAUCAUGUACUCGGGACAACUCGAUUGAAGUGAUCGGUUAAUUAAUUAAUUGAUUUGAUUGAUUUUGUAGUACAUGAUUCGAGAAUGAAUGAAUGGAUAUCGUCGAAAAGUUUCCAGGUCCAAGUUCUCCUGUACUCCUGCC